AGACCUUUGGGGCAACACGCUGACAGGCACUAUACCAUCAACACUAAGCAAACUUCAGCUCUUGACAUAUCUGGACCUCAGUUACAACCACUUAACCGGUACAAUUCAUGACUCCCUUGGGGAGCUCACAAACCUUCUUCACUUAUGGGUUCUCAACAACAACCUGACUGGUUCAAUACCAGCGACCUUGAGCAGACUUCAGUCUGUAAACUUCUUUAACCUGGGCUACAACCACUUGACGGGCCCGCUUCUUGAAUCACUUACCACGCUUACAAAUAUUAGUGGCUUAAAUCUCCAUAGGAACCAGUUUACCGGUCCAAUACUACCAGGACUCAGCAAUCUUCCUGGUAUCACAGACUUGUUCCUCUAUGGCAACCAGUUAUCGGGAUCAAUUCCUGACUCCUUGACCAAAAUCACAUCCCUUCGUGUCUUAUACGCUCAACUAAACCGUCUGAGUGGCACAAUACCAGAAACAAUCAGCAACCUUCAGCAUUUGCUCAUCUUAAGUCUACACAGCAACAACUUCACCGGAUCCAUUCCAUCCACGAUUGGACGUUUGACAGGCCUGACAUACCUAGACUUAAAAAACAACAGCCUGACCGGAACAAUUCCUGACACUAUUUCCAAGCUUUCAAACCUUGUUAGAUUGCGUCUUUCUAAAGACAAUCUGUCGGGCUCGAUACCAUCGGGAAUUGGCAGCCUUACAUCUCUAACUGAACUGUACCUUGCCAACAACAGCCUGAGUGGCACGAUCCCUGACUCCUUCGGCAAGCUCUCAACUCUUGGCUCCUUGUAUCUUGACGGAAACCAACUGACAGGAACGAUACCAGCAACACUAGGCAGCCUUCAAUUUCUUGACAGCAUGAAUCUCUCAUCAAACUCACUGUCAGGCUCCAUGCCACAAUCAUUCGCACGCCUCAUUAACUUGAAAGAAUU